AUGGAUAAGUCAACACUCGAUCUAAUCUCUGUGCUGCGAAGCCUUCCCGAUCUGCGAACGCAACCGUCUAUUAACCAUCGAAAGAAUCUAUUGGGCGAUAUCCUUACUGUUCUUACCGAAUCUACUCCUUUACCCAAACCUUUUCCCAUCCUUAACCAAACGCUGUUUCUAUAUACUACAAAUACCGUGCUCAAGAAGGAGCUUAGAUUAAUCUAUAUUGGUAUACCAGGCUUCUACGAGACAUACUUCAGUGGUAUCGAGGGUUUGGAAGAGGAAGGGUAUAACCCCUUAUUUACUGGAAAUGGAUGGCGAGACUGGCCACAAAGCGCGAAAGAAAGGGAGGGAUAUACCGUAACAUCUCAGCGAUCUAUGGCCAACCGUAAGCUGGAUAUCGUCCUAGGGGAGCUGAAGAGUAAUCUAAAGGAAGAUUCAGUCUCGAAGACUUGGCAUACUCGUCGCUUUGCUCUAGACUUUACACUUUAUGGACUUAAUAUACAGCUCUGGGAGUUCGAUCGAGUGGAUAGACUCCAAUUCGUUUCAACUAUCAUCGUUUCUAUAUCGGAGGGGGAAAAAUAUAUCGAGAUCAUACGCGAUGGACGAUCGGAACGUCUUAUUCUCGACAGUCUUAUAAAACGGGCCCCUUCUUACCGUGAAGGGGACAAGGUGCAUGCGCCGCUAAGAGAGAAGAAAAAUGUAGUCAAUGUAGCGAGGUAUUACUACCAUAAAACGGUUUAUAUAGAUAAAAUUGUCGAUAACAUUCGUAGCAAUUCUUCCUCGAUCGCCAAUGACAUUGUGGAUACUCGAAGAAUAGAUUGUUCUACAAGCAAUACAGGGUGCAAGAGGUCAUUUAGCUAUGUCAGUGCGGCCCUGCUACCCAGCAAACGCACCUGCUCAAGCUCUACAAGCGAAAGCGGACACGGUCCUACGAUACAGAAUAGAGUACAUCGCCGUGUUGUUAUCCGUGACUAUGGGAUUCUUAUCUAUAAGACAAAGUCGCGCGUCUCUAUGUUAUCUGCGCUUGAGAACUGCAUAGAAGAUGACAUUUCCACUGGUAAUUUGAUUGUUAACGAGGAGGAAGAAAAUAGAUCUUGGCUACAGCAACGAGAACGACCUUCUGGAACGAGAGGUAAGAUAGGGACCAGGGCUUUUAUAGCUAUUGGUCUUCUUUUAGGAGAAAGACAUAACUUUAACCAUGAUUUGGAUAAGAGUAGGAAGGUGUCCCAAUUCGAAAAGUGGAAUUAUGUCGACACGGAAGAAUUGGCUAAGCUUAAGUUAGGAACAAUUUCGGACGUAGAUAUCUUUAAAAAUACUAUCGAGGCCAAUUUUACAGAGUAUUACGGGCCGUUAAUGCCGUGGGUUCUAGAAUUGCGAGAAGUCGUAUUCCCUAAUAGGAAAAUACGAAAGAAAGAAGACAAAGGGGUUUAUUUGCGGAUGCGCCAGAUUCUUAGGAGUGCUUAA